UGUCAAUUUGUUAUUGUUUCUACAGGCAUAAUUUUAAUAGUUUUAAUCGUUACCACAUGCGCAAAUAUUAUAAUUAAUUACGUAAUUAAAACAGUGUAGAUUUAUGAUUAACGAUGUGUCUGACUUUGUUUUUGCCUGUUUAACUUUAUCAUUAAUUAAACUGAAACCAGUGACCUCUCCUCUCCACUGCUGCUCAUUCAGUGUCAGUAGUAAAAUCAAACUCUUCAUUUCUCAAAGUCAGUUUUAAAUCACACCAGAGUUAUAUUGGUUGUGUUAGAUAGGCCUGAUGGGCAAUUAUUUUCCGUGGCGUCUUUUUUUAUUUUCAAAGUUGCUCACUUUAAAUGUAUUAGAAAGUUUACUAUGUUUAUUUCAUAAUUAAAAGUUGUUAGAAAUGAGCUGUAAUGUGUAAAACAUGUCAGAAUAAACCUGCGGGGAAAUCUGAAGUCGACUAAAUUCAUGUGAAUAAUCUGUGAGUGACAUGAGAAACUUGAGUUAAUUGGAGUUUAUGCCCAAUAAGAAAGUUUUCCAAACUCUCUGCAGAGUCCCGCGCACACGCUUCGUCUCCCACGGCUGGAGGUCCGCCCAUUCCUCCCUCUGAUUGGCUCGCUUCUUUCUACUAACGGCUGCAUAUUUACCUCCCUCGCGGUCUCAUUGGCUGCCGCUGCUGUCACUCUGCCGCUCGCCUCUCUAUAAGGUCUGGUGCUCCGGCAGCAGCUGUAACGAACCUGAGAUGAGCCUGGAGCAGCACCACGGUGCGUCUGUCGCAGCUCAACUAUUUCCCAUAGGCUAUUCUCGCUAUAACUAUGAUUAAAAAUUCCUCAAUGCCUUUUCAUUCCUGGAUUUAUCACUUCCUUCGAUUAUAUUUAGAGUAGUGUUUUUUUCUUUUUAUUUGUAAGUUUUAUUUAUUUUGACUUUUAGGGUGAGCAUGUGCGUAAUUUUGCGAGGACUGCUGAGGUGCCACCGGGAGUGAGUGAGGCAAUAUGCGUCGCUGGGAUAUGAUUUUCAACCGAGAGGCUUAUGGAAUAUAGCCUGGUGUGUCACAGCCUGUAUGCCCUCUGGUCUAGCCCCGUGAAGAAGAAACUAAUUCUGCUCAGCAUCAUGUUUUUAAUCUGGGUAUACAUGCUGUACUCCUGCGUGGGCUACUGCUCCACUAUGCCAAGUUUGGUGGUGGACAGUUACCGGGGCAAGGAGACUGGCUCGGCGGUGGGCAAGAGGACAGAGAGCAGCAGCAGGACGGACCUGGUGUCCAGGCUGCUGGCCAAACCGCAGCCGUGGGAGGAUAUAGAGAGCGACUACGAGGAGCCGUCCAUCAGGACCGCCGCGUCCAGAGACCUGCUCAAUAACGAGCUGGAGACUGACCGAGCCGACGAGUGGGACGAGAUGCGGGGCGAGCAGCAGAGAGCCCCGGAGCCCAGCGCCAUGUCCAGCUUCUCCAACGGCUCCGGGAGCAAGAAGCUGCCGCAGGCGAUCAUCAUCGGGGUGAAGAAAGGAGGGACCCGGGCUCUGCUGGAGUUUCUCCGGGUUCAUCCAGAUAUCAGAGCAGUGGGAGCGGAGCCGCACUUCUUCGACCGCAACUACGAGAACGGACUGGAGUGGUACAGGGAGCUGAUGCCUAAAACCCUGGAGGGCCAGAUCACCAUGGAGAAAACGCCCAGCUACUUUGUGACCAGAGAGGCUCCAGCCCGGAUCUCCGCCAUGUCCCGGGACACCAAGCUGAUCGUGGUAGUGAGGGACCCCGUCACCAGGGCUAUCUCAGACUACACACAGACUCUGUCUAAGAAGCCUGACAUUCCCUCUUUCGAGAGCCUCACCUUCAAAAACAGGACUACGGGGCUCAUCGACACCUCGUGGAGCGCCAUCCAGAUCGGUAUCUACGCCAAGCACCUGGACAACUGGCUGCAGUACUUCCCCAUGGAGCAGAUCCUGUUUGUGAGCGGCGAGCGCCUGAUCAGCGACCCGGCCGGAGAGCUGGGCCGCGUGCAGGACUUCCUGGGGCUCAAGAGGAUCAUCACAGACAAACACUUUUACUUCAACCAGACCAAGGGUUUCCCGUGCCUCAAGAAGGCGGAGGGCAGCAGCAAGCCCCACUGCCUGGGCAAAACCAAAGGGAGGACCCAUCCGAACAUUGACCCUGAGGUGGUGCAGAGGCUACGGGACUUCUACAGGCCCUUCAACAUGAAGUUCUACCAGAUGACAGGACAUAACUUUGGUUGGGAUUGAUGUGAAAAUUAUGAGAGACUUUUUUUUUUUUUUUGUUAAUUUGUUGAGAAGUUUUUUUUUUUUCUUCUGUAAUUCAAUGGCAAGAUGUGGAGAUAUUGCUAUAUAUAUGUAAAAUGUACAGAAAUCUAUUUUAUAAUAAUUUAUUUUUAUUUCUAAGCAAUUAAUUCACUAAGCUGCCUAACCAUAUUUGUACAUAACAUCUGGCCCACAUGUUUUUUUUUUGUUUUUUUUAACAUUCCUCAUUUUAAUUUUUGAAUUCUCGCGCUCCUCCCUCGUGCUCCUGUAAACUCAGUGGAUUUAUCGGUGCUUCUUAAUGCAGAUAAUCAGCGAUAACUGAAGGCGAGACUGGGGUGGAACAUGCAGAAGCACCAUAUUACGGGUACAGAGUGCUCACAGAGAAGUGGAGAACACCUAUCCAUGUGCAUCCUCAUUCAUACAUGCAUCACUUUACCUUCGUCUUCUUCAAACCCUGUCAUUCUGAGCGUGAUUCUUCUACACGGUGUUUCACUAAAAUACAGACCCUCCACUUUUUUUCACCGUGCAAUUUUCCUACACCAAGCUGCAGAUCUCAUGUCCCUUUCCACUCAAUAACAGGUAGAUCAAUAGGCCUAAUUGAUCCUCAUUGUGUCACUCACGCUUAAAGUAUACAGCUGCCCUUUCAUUCUCAGUGCUCCUGCUGCCUGCUCUAAUGAAUGACCCAUCCAUCAAAUGUUAAAUCCUAUCCCGGACCACAUAGGAGCCCAUGUUAACAUUAUGCUAAUUGGGUAAAGGUAACCGGAGGAUCGAUCGAGCCUCCGCUCUCUGACUGCCCAUUAGAAGCAGUGUUGGCUCAGAGCCAGGCUCUUGCCCCAUCCACUCAGUUCAAAGGUCACACAAAGUCUCAAUCAAAUUUUCCUUGAGCGGCAUUUGAUUUGUUGCGGAGAGCAGAGCUGGAGCACAGCGGGUUCAGGGCGGGGGUAUGUGCCUUGUUUUCACGGUAAGAUGGGAAAUCUUUGCGUGAGGUAGCAGAGGCAUAUCUGUCAGAAAUCGAGCAUGAAGACAGAAGGGAUGACAGACAAACAACAACUUGGCUUCACCCCACUGAAACAGCACCUUCCUUCAAACAGAAGUCCACCAGGCCCCGUCUUAGAUCCCAGACUAUAGAGAUCAAAGCAGGAGGAAAGGUUUUUUGUGAAGCACUCUCAGCACAGCAAGAAUUGCCUCAGGCAGGGUUUCGUUGUCUAACCUCUGUAGUGUCAUCAGAAAACCUCAUGUGCCAUCGUCCAUGGCCUAUAUACUUUAUGCCUUAUUCAUCCUCAUCAUCCUCACAUGUCGUGUCUCUCCACAACCGAUCUCAACUCUCAACUUGUUGCCAAAAAAAAAAAAAAAAACCUUUUGGGUUGAUAUCAUGUUUCGCUUGCCCCCCCCCUCCCCACU